AAGCGUACGUUUAAGAUUUUCUCAGACCGCUGUGUACAGUACUUAUGCGUAGUGUGUACGGAGAUGUAGUAACAAGAAGUAAUAACAUGUGGGCAAGUAAGCUCCAAUUCUGCAGAAGCACUCUAGCAAUAGCCAACCCUAUCUACUUCUCCAAUCCUACCCGUCCCUGUUUCCUGCUCCUACCACCAUUACACAUCCUCAAUAGAGCAACUACUGCCACCGCCGCAGCCAUGGCAACCGCAGCAGCCGGCAAUAAUGGCCAGACACAGGAGCAAAAAGAUAUAUUGGAAUCCAUCUUCAGGCAAAAGCGAAUUCUCCGAUCCAAAGUCCGCAAGACUCUUAGAUCCAUGAACCCCUCCCUCAAAUCCCUAGAAGACAAUGCAAUCCAAACUAUUGUUUUAGGAUCUCCUUGGUUUCAGUCUUGCCGGAGGUUGUGCGCGUAUAUAAGUUGCAGUUCUUUGCAUGAAGUUGAUACCUCAAAACUCUUAUCACAAAUUCUUCAAAGUCCAGUUUCAGCAGAAGGGAAUGGUCAGUUGGGGAAGAAGAAGCUUUAUGUUCCCCGUGUGGAGGACAAAAAUAGUAACAUGCAGAUGCUUCACAUAUCUCGCAUUGAUGAUCUGAUUGCAAAUUCUAUGAAUAUCCUAGAGCCAGCGCCAGUGGAUGCUGAUGGAAAUGAGCGUGAAGAUGUAAUGCAAGCAGAUGAACCAGUUGAUUUGUUUGUAUUACCUGGACUUGCAUUUGACACAUCAGGAAGACGCAUGGGUCGAGGUGGAGGCUACUAUGAUACUUUCUUGACAAGAUACCAACAACAAGCGAAGGAGAGGAAUUGGAGACAACCCCUUCUUGUUGCACUGUCAUAUUCUUUACAGAUCUUGGAUAGAGGAAUUAUACCAAUUACUCCAUAUGAUGUCCCAGUGGACGCUAUCGUAACCUCAUCCGGAAUUACUCCCAUUAGCCCAGUUGCUAUAGAGAGAAGGAAACUUUGACCUCAAAAUUGGAACUCUCUGGUUCGCCUACAAGCCUUACUGUCUUAAAAUUGUUAUAUUGUGGGAUGUCCUUGAGAGAGACGAUGAGAAGUUGUCAAUGGCUACAGCCUUUGCUGUGACUUAAUGCCGAUGAUACUUACUAGCAUUGGUUGACAACAGUGAUAUAUUUUCAGUCGCCUAAAGUUUUACAUAUAGCUCCUUUUAAAAUAGCAGAAGGUUUAACUUUGCUUGUAGAUUGGGAUACUGCCGCCUAUGUUGCUUGCAAAUAAAACCUCCCUGGAUUAGAGUAAAAAAUACUUCAUUCUGCCUAAAUUCUGGGUCAAAACUCCCAAGUUGGAGAAUUUAUUAUUCUAGGUUUCAUGUGUUGACUUCCUAGUAUUAUGUGACUAAGAUUGAUUAAUGAUCCAAA